GCGUCUUUCACGCGAUGCUGCCAGCGUGACGUUUAAUCUAGUGGACGGUUCUUUAUAAACAGCUCGUCAACUACCUCGGUAGCUUGCUAGCCAACAUAGCCGAAAGAUUCAAGCUAUUUAUACGCUUUCGGUCUAUAUUAGCUACUGUGUUUUAGACACACGUCUGUCGUAUCUACUUGUUAACCUAUUUAAUUUAAUAUUACGUUAUUUUGUAUUAGUCAGCUAUAGGAGCUGGCUGGUUAAGUUAGCAUUAGCCUAGUCGCUAAUGAUAGCUACCUAGCUAACAUCCCCGAACAUGAGCUCCCUAAACUACUCCCCUUCUGCUAAAGAAGAGGUGGUCUGCUGGACGGAGGAAGAAGCUCUGGGGUUGAACAUUGUCGUGAAAGAGGAGAAGGAAGAGGAGGAUGUCACAGUAAAACAAGAAGUAGAGGUUGAGGCUGUUACAGUGAAAGAAGAAGAGAAAGACGUUUCAGUGAAAGAAGAGGAAGAGGCGUUCAGAUUGAAAGAGGAGGAGGAUGUUACAGUAAAAGAAGAGGAGGAUGUUACAGUAAAAGAAGAGGAAGAUGUUACAGUAAAAGAAGAGGAGGAAGGGAAAGAGGAGGAUGCAGUUUUUGGAGUGAAGAAGGAAGGGGAGAUUACUGUCACAUUGAAAGAUGAAGAGGUGGAGAACGGGGAUCUGAUUAACACCAGAGAGAGACCAGACUCUCCCUCUGACAGCAGGAAGAGUCCUUCAGGGGAAUCAGACCCAGAGAUGCCCAAAGCAACAGGAGGACAUCACUGCUCCCACUGUGGAAAGAGUUUUACAAAGUUAGGGAGCCUGAAGAAACAUGAGAGGACACACACAGGAAAAAAGACUUUCCAAUGUUCCCAGUGUGGAAAAGGUUUUCUUUGGUUAUAUCACCUGAAUAGGCAUGAGAGGACACACACAGGAGAAAAACCUUUCCAAUGCUCCCAUUGUGGAAAAAGUUUUAACGAAUUAGGGUACCUAUUAAUACAUAAGAGAAUACACUCUGGAGAGAAGCCUUACCACUGCUCCAAAUGUAGAAUGACUUUUACCUGGUUAGGGAGCCUUAAAACGCAUGAGAGAAUACACACUGGAGAAAAUCCUUUCCAAUGUUCCCACUGUGGAAAGAAUUUUACCCAGUUAGGGAACCUAAAUCGGCACAAGAGGACACACACAGGAGAGAAGCCUUACCAAUGCUCUCAGUGUAGAAAGAGUUUUAGGGGUUUAGUGAGCCUGAAACAGCAUAAGAGAAUACACACAGGAGAGAAGCCGUAUCACUGUUCCCAGUGUGGAAAGAGUUUUAGAUGGUUAGGCACUUUGAAAAUGCAUGAGAGGACACACACAGGAGAAAAACCGUACCAAUGCACCAUGUGUGGAAAGAGAUUUACCCAGUUAAAGUCCAUGAAAUUACAUGGGAGAAUACAUACAGGAGAGAAGCCUUACCACUGCUCCCACUGUGGAAUGACUUUUACCUGGUUAGUAAACAUGAAAACUCAUGAGCGAAUACACACAGGAGAGAAGCCUUAUCAAUGUUCCCAGUGUGGAAAGAAUUUUAGGGGUUUAGUGAACCUGAAACAGCAUGAGAGGACACACCCACAAGAAAAGCCCUACCAAUGCUCCCUGUGUGGAAAGAGUUUUACAAAGUUAGGGGGUCUGACAAGGCAUGAGAGGACACACACAGGAGGGGAUAAGACGUAUCACUGCUCCCUGUGCGGAAAGACAUUUAACAGGUUAAGGCAUCUGAAUAAGCAUGAAAGAAUACAUACACAGGAGGAGACAACAUACCACUGCUCUCAUUGUGGAAAGACAUUUUCCCAGUCAGAGGACCUGAAAGCACAUGAGAGAAUAGAGAGGCUUUGUUCUGACUUGUGUUUUUGACUGAGCAUUUGUGUUUUUGUACAUACCACAUGAAAUCAUAUUGUUUAUAUGAAGUCUAAAACAAAAUAGGUUUACUUAAAAAAAUGUUUGUUUUGUUUCUAAAAUGAGAUAAAAAAAAAAAAAAUGAUGUACAUUGAUAUUUUGUAUACAAGUGUACAGGUUUCAGGCUCAUACAGCGCAGGUGCAUAAUUUUCCACGAUAGUAAGUAAGUAGCCUUGCAGGAGCCUUGGCUUGUCUGAUCCAGAACAGCUCAUAGUAACAGGAGCCUAUCUCCUGUUUCUGUACAGGACUCUAGUCUAUACAUUACCACAGUAUAGUAACAGGAGUCUAUCUCCUGGUUCUUUAGUGAGGCAUCUUGAUGUACAGUACUUCCCCUGGACAGGACUCUAGUCUAUACAGUACCACAGUAUAGUAACAGGGGUCUAGUCUAUACAGUACCACAGUAUAGUAACAGGAGUCUAGUCUAUACAGUACCACAGUAUAGUAACAGGAGUCUAUCUCCUGUUUCCAUAGUGAGGCAGCUUGUUACUUUGAUUUCUUAUUUGUAUUUUAUUUAUUUUUUUAAACUGCAUUGUUGGUUAGGGCUUGUAAGUAAGUAUUUCACUGUAAGGUCUACACCUGUUGUAUUUGGCGCAUGUG